AUGGCAACAAGUGGAAGUGGACCUACUAAUGGAGCAAGUGGAACCCAUGGGCCUGAAGUCACACUUGAAGAAAUGAGGCAAAGGCUAGAUACCUUGCGAAGGCAAGCUGAUCUGUGGUGGAAGACUGCUAGAGAGAUGCAGAAUCAACCUGGAUUUGGAUGGGAAGGUUUAAAGGAGGCUAUGAGAAACCAGUUUUACCCUCAAUCUCUGCAGCUCCAGAUGGAAUCUGAGUUUAUCCAUCUGAGGCAAAGGAAUAUGUCAGUUCUGGAAUAUGCUGUGAAAUUUAAUGAAUUAGCUCGAUUUGCUCCUGAUCUGGUGUCUACGGAUCGUCAAAGGAUGAAUCGAUUUGAAGGAGGUUUGAAUCUGGACCUUCAAGAAAGCCUUGCUGCAAACAUAAGUAAGUCCUAUCAAGAGCUAUAUGAUCGGGCUAUUAAUGUUGAAAGGAAAAUGAAGCUACGAAAGGAUGUUUAUGAGAAUGGAAAAAGAAAAGGUAAAGGUCAAGAAGUUUCAACAAGCAAUGUUUUUAAGAAGCAGAACACUGGAUUCUCAGGAAACAACAAUGGUCAGAGGCAAACCCCUCGCUGCAACAUAUGCUCCAAAUUGGGCCAUGUAGCCAGGGAAUGUCGAGCAGGAACCGAUCAGUGCUAUCGGUGUGGUAAGACGGGCCAUAUGGUCAAGAAUUGCCCGGCUUUGGAAAGGAAGAACGAGAACACUAACAACCGUGUGCCAGUGCAAAGGAACAACUCUCAGAACUAUGGUUAUGGUAGGAAUGCAAGUAAUAAUGCCAACAGAAACCCUCCACGUGGACCUCCACAAGCCGGACGAGUGUUCAUGAUGCAGAAAGAAGAAGCUGAGGCUGAUGACACCGUUAUUACUGGUACCGAUGGUGAUAACGGGAUGGCGUAGCAGUGAGGAUUUAAUUAAUAUCUAGAUUAUCUAGACUCUCAUGGUUUUAAUUUAAGUUUAUGUCAAAACUCUGAUUAGUAACUAAGUUUCUAUUAAUCAAGACUAAUGUUGGAUCUAUAUUAUGCUUCAUGUUAUAAAUGUUUAA